AUGGCUCCCUCGAAUCCUCCCCUGUUUUCUAUCCCCUCCGAUCCUUCACCCUCUUCCACUCCCUCCUCACCUCCGGCCUCGAACCUUCCCAGCAACGGUCUUUUCUCUGCCGCAUCGACACCCCGGGGACCUCAGCGCGCCCCUUCUGGAAGUACCCUGUUUGCGGGCGCCACUCCGGGGCUAAAACCAACUGCGGGAAAGUUCGGCGGUUUGUCUCGCGCUGGCCCGUCAUCCUUGUCUGCCCCUCUGCUUCCCUUUGCUGCCCCCGGGGGAGCCGGUGGGACUGCUGGCACCAACAAGAUUCCUCAAUUCAGCAAACCGGUCUCCGAAUCGGCCUUUGCGGCUGCUUCCCCGGCAAAUUUUGCACGUAAAGGGGGUGCUGGGUGGGGUGGGAAUAGGUUCCCGUCCGCUAACGAUGAUGAUGAUGAUGGAGAGGCUGGGUCCCCAAGGAUAUUUGAGGACGAAUCACGGUGCGAAGAACCUACUCAACAGGAUGAUGAAGAUAUGGAUGGGGAAUACGAGGAGGAGACCGGCAUGUUUUUUAACGGUGAUGACGAUGACGAGGCCGACGAUUCCUACCAUGUUCUGCCGGAGAGUUCGGCCGGUAAGGGUCGCAGAGCCCAGUACGGGACGGAAUGCAGGAUCAAACCGGGGAUGGUCCGGGAACCCGGCUCUAUGAUCAUUCAAACUGAGGAGAUCAUGAUGGAAUUGCAGAAUCUUUUGUCACCGACUGCUCCACUGGAUUAUGAUUCGGAGCUGGACGAGGAGGAUAUGAUUAUGGAUGCUGAUCGCAACGCACCUCUACCCCCUUCCAAGAGAGAAGAAUAUCUCACCCGCGCGGCGAGGCUUUUCCUUGAUACGCUUGCAUCGAAUCUUCCCAAGGGCCAGGCUAGAUCGCGUCUCCACAAGGCUUACUACCUUGCAUCCCUGCUCUUACCGCUGCACCAUUCCCGAGCGAAUGCGGUCGAGACAUUGAGGAGAUGGCUUUACACGCACAAACAAGCUCCAACGAGAAAGGAGCUGACCGCGUUGAAGAAUUUCUACCCCAAUGCUAUUUACAGCUUCUCGUACUGGGAGAUUCUUCAGCAGCUGAUCAUGCGCGGUGAGGUUCAGGAAGCUAUGGAUUUGCUUCGCUGCACGGAUUGGGAUAUGCUGAACGAGAGCAACAGCUCCGUUCCAAAACCAAAGAUUGGCGAUACAGAAGAGCCCACUUGGGAUAGACGCUACAGCAAUGAGGAAAUUGAAAGCAUCAAGAACGCAACAGCCUCCGCCAUCAAGCUAUUAAGUACCUGCCCCGGACUAGCCCGUUCAUCAUACGCCCCCAGCUCCGUGGGAUUCUUCCCGGCAACAGGAACCUCCCACGGCUCGAAGGGCGAUUGGCGGAUAUGGCAAGGGAAGGUGUUCGCUGCCGCGGAGGAUGUGAGGGCCGGAGGCGAGGGCGACGGCGAAACUACGUUUGACGAAACUGACGAUAGUUACUACGAAAGCUUUCAUCCACGGAAUGGAGGUUCAUACGGUUUCGAGAUUGGUACGGGGAAAACCAAGGAGAAGAAAACACCGGUUCCCGGCGAGGUCAGCAGGGGCCUUAGGGCAAUCUACGAUGUUAUGAGGGGUGACAGGGAGGCCAUUCUUUCUCAUACCGAAAAAUGGGAGGAUGCAGUGCUCGCGACAAUGAUGUGGGGGGUUACAGAUGGUUUCGGCGAUCCGGAUUCAAGUAUUGGAGACGACUCGGAAGAAGAGGACGAGGAGGAGGAGGACGGCAUAUAUGAUGAUGGCGCCGGGAAAGCCUUGAAUCGAAGACGGAGAGAAAAGGACCUGGUUAGACUCUCAAAGGUGACGGAAUCCUUGGUGGGUUCCGAGAUGCCUCUUGACGCAACAAAUGAACUCGAACUUGCUGUAGGAGCAUGUCUAGUUUGGGAUACAAACGUCGUUGUCCAAGUUAUGCCCAAAUUCAGUUUGCUCGUGGCCAGCGCUCUUAUCGAGAUGUGCGGCCAUGCGGGGUCAAUACAGAGGGGGAAGAUCGGAAUUGAAGAGAACGCUAGAGGAAUGAUGGAUGGUUUCGAUGAGGACGAGCUUGCGGUGUUCGGAAUGGGCCGGGGUUUCGAUGCGGAAGUUGAAAAGGCGGACGGUGUAGUCAAGGAAUAUGGGACUGGGUUGUUUGGAGUGGAUUGGGUUGACGAGAAAGCGCAGGUUGAAGGCUGGGAGGUCGCGGUGGGGGUUUUGCACAGAGUGGGGGGUGGGCGUGAGAUGUCGGGGAAGGUUGGCGAUCAUGAUUCCUACUGGGAUAACUCGAAGCUGACUGAUCCGCCCGUAGUUACUCACCCAGCUGGAGCUGACAUCGAAGGAACGUGUUGAGAAGCUUCUCACAUACUGUGGCGAAAACAAUCUCGAAGACGAGGCUUCAGAAAUAGCAGCGGUAAGCGUUUCAUCCAAUAUUGCCACACCGGAAAGGUCUAACGGGAGAAAACAGUCCUUUGCAGAACGCCUCUCGGGCACCACUUCCUACGGCGACAGCCUCCACUUCUUCGCCCUCGCCAACGACCGUUUCUCCCUCCAUAACAUUCUCACAAAGCUAACCACCUCCUCCCUUCUCCACUCAACUCCUUCACCCGCCCCCCCAUCGCUAGACCCCGUCCUCUCCGACCUCCUGAAAACCCCGACCUCAAUCACCUCACCAAUCCUCCGCUUCGAGCUCUCCGGCUACGCCACCCUCCGCAACUUCUACGAAUCCCGCGACUCGGGUGACCACUCCCGCGCCGUCAAGGCGCUCGUAGCCGUCCUAAAAUCUGCCGGCGAAAAACUCGACGGUGGUGUCUACGACGCGGACUGGGACUCCGCCGUGGAGGAAUGGAUGAUAGCCGUUCUCCUUGGCGAGCUGAUGCCAUACAUCAACCCGCGAAAACGCUACCUCGGCAUGCGUCAGGCCAUGGAGGUGCUCAAGGUGAUUACGAACUUUGAGUGCGUUCGUGGCGAUGUGUGGCGACGGGCGGAGGAAUUUCUAGAGCGGGUACUCGCGCAUAAAGAUUCCGGGGGUAGUGGGAAUGCCUGCGAGGCGAACGGAAUGACGGAGAGCGGGUAUAUCGCUGGGAGCAUGGUUAGUAGCUGGGAGAGUGUUCGCGACGGGAUUGAUUCGGGGUUGGUUAGUGCUGAUGCAACAGCGGGAACAGCCCGGCGAGCGUGGGACUGGAGAGAGGGCGCGGAGGGGUGGAAGGCUGCCGAUAUCAUUCGCGUCGUCAGGCUCGGGAUUGCGAAGAUCGUGGCCGAUGCUUGGCUGUUGGGAGAGUGA